ACAUUCCAAACUAUUAUGCCGACAAAACCAUACGCAAUCUGGCAACGCAUAAUCAUGGCUGACAAGGGAAAGAGCGUGCCUAAUUCUGCUUCUAAAAAGACGAAUGAACAGAUUGUCCAUGAAUUCAAUCAACUUCGUCAAGAACAGCGAGCUUUAGCUAGUAAAAUGAACGAACUAGAAGCUGAGGCAAAUGAACACAGUCUUGUGAUUAAGACUCUUGAUGGUGUUGAUGGAGAGCGGAGAUGCUUUCGAAUGGUUGGAGGUGUACUGGUUGAGAGAACCGUCAAAGAUGUACUUCCAGCAUUGAAACAUAAUAAAGAAGGGUUGAUAAAACUACUAGAAAAUUUGAAACUCCAGUUAGAAAUCAAGGGUAAGGAAUUGCAGGCAUACAGAGAAAAACACAACAUCAGAAUCCGAGGGGAAGAGACAGAGGAGAAAGAAAAGGAGACAACCAAGGCUGCUGGAUCUCAGAGUGUCUUAGUUGGGAAAGGAACAUGAUGAUGCUGUUGAAUCUUGAUUGAUCUAUUCACAACCAGUUCAAGCUAGUUACAACUAAUUUUUAUUUCAAACAUUGCAAUCUGGAUUGAUCCAGUUGAAGCGAGUUCCAACAAGUGUAUUACAAAUAUUGUGGCAUUAAAUUAUUGACACUCAGUUAAAAUCUACUCAUGUUUACAUUAAGGCUAAUCUGCAAUGAGGCUAUUGCAAUUAAAAGAAAAUGUUUCUCAAACAAAUUUCAAUGAUACCAUGUGACCAAAUUAGUGGUAAAACAAAGGAAUUCAUGGACAUAUACACAUAAUGAAACAAAUUAAUAUCCAUUGUUAUAUAUUAUUAAUGAUUUCAUACAAUGAUUGAUAAGAAAUAUUAAGUGAUUUCCAAAUGUACUCCAG